UCAGUUGUCAGCUGUCAAUUUAAGCAGAAUUUUCUAUCGUUUGUACAACUAAAAAAGUUAAACGUAAAAGCAAACAAAAUCGUUUUAUUCGAUAUUUGUUUAUAAUAAACCAAAGAUAGUACUUUAAUUCCCACAUUUUAGUGUUACUUCUACCAGUGCAGCACUUGCUUCUGACACAUUGCGUGGCACCGCAUUGAAAUCAUCGUUGUAGUGCUAUACAAACAAUAAUUUAUUAAAAGUUUUAACAUACAGCAAAUAGUAAUAUUUAAAAAAAAUAUGCAGUUACCAGCGUUAAGGUGGCGUUAUGCCUUUGCUUGUUUGGCACUUUUGUUUUUUAUUGGCUGUCGCACUGGAGAAGCGGUGGAGUUCACAUUUGAUUUAGCAGACAAUUCUGAAGAUUGCUUCUUCGAAGAAGUUCGUCGCAAUACCACCUGUUAUCUUGAGUUUCAAGUAUCAGCUGGUGGACAAUUGGAUGUCGAUGUAACUUUGACAAAUCCUCACGGCAAAGUAAUAUACGAACAACAGCGUGCGACAUUCGAUAGUCAUCAGUUUAAUGCAGAAGCAACGGGUGUCUACAAAGUUUGUUUCAGCAAUCAAUUUUCAUCAUUUUCACAUAAAAUUGUGUACGUUGACUUCCAAGUGGGAGAUGAGCCAGCAUUGCCUGGUAUUGAUGAACAUGCCACUGUCUUGACUCAAAUGGAAACCUCAUCACAGUCGAUACACAAAAGCCUGAAUGAUAUACUUGAUGCUCAAACACAUCAUCGCUUGAGUGAAUCGAAGGGACGCAAAAGGGCGGAAGAUUUGAAUGAAGCUGUCAUGAUGUGGUCAGCUCUGGAGACGGGUAUUGUCUUACUUAUUGGCUUUGGCCAGAUUUUAAUUCUACGCAACUUUUUCGCAAACCGCAAGACAGGUGAUUCUCGUUAUAGUCAGUUACGGUAAAGUACUAAAUAAUGAAACGAUAGAAACGAAUUAAAAGACGAAUUGAAAGUUAUACAUAAGUAAUAGUACGAAGAGGCAAUGUAUGGAGAAUUGAGUAUAAAAAUGAAUUUAAGUUUGCUUACGCUUAUAAGUUUGAUUUACUACUUUCAAUAUAUAAACAUAGAUAACUACAAUCUAAAACAAUA